UUUACUGGCGAGUGAGGAGGAAAAUCAGCUGAAGGAAAACACUGCUGGGUACUUAUAACCAUGGCUGCGGAGAUACACUCGAGGCCCCAAACCGCCAGACCUAUUCUAUUGAACAAGAUUGAGGGACACUCGGACACUGUUAAUGCAGCCGUUUUAAUACCGAAAGAGGAUGGUGUGAUCACGGUCAGCGAGGACAGAACGAUCCGCGUUUGGCUGAAGAGAGACAGCGGUCAGUACUGGCCGAGUAUCUACCACACAGUGUCCUCUCCCUGCUCUUGCAUGUCCUACCACCAUGACAGCAGACGUAUCUUCAUAGGCCAGGACAAUGGAGCGGUUGUGGAGUUUCUCAUCUCUGAAGAUUUCAACAAAAUGAACCAUGUCAAAACAUAUCCAGCUCACCAGAAUCGUGUGUCAGAUAUGGUGUUCUCCCUGGAGAGUGAGUGGGUGGUGAGCACCGGCCAUGACAAGAGUGUGAGCUGGAUGUGCACCCAGAGCGGCAGCAUGCUGGGGAGACACUACUUCACAGCCUGGGCGUCCUGCUUACAAUAUGACCAUGAGACGCAGCACGCCUUUGUCGGCGAUUACUCAGGACAGAUCACGCUGCUUAAACUGGAGAAGCAGACGUACUCAACCAUAACAACGCUGAAGGGUCAUGAAGGUAGUAUAGCAGCCCUGUGGUGGGAUCCCGUCCAGAGGUUGCUGUUCUCGGGGGCUGCCGACCACAGCGUCAUCAUGUGGGACAUCGGGGGCCGCAAGGGACGGACAUUACUGCUGCAGGGACACCAUGAGCGAGUUCAGGCCUUACGUUACCUCCAGCUGACAAGGCAGUUGUUGUCGUGCUCUGCAGACGGAGGCAUAGCGGUGUGGAACAUGGACACACAAAGAGAAGAGGCACCCCAGUGGUUAGACAGCGACUCCUGUCAGAAGUGUGAGCAGCCUUUCUUCUGGAACAUCAAGCAGAUGUGGGACACCAAGACCCUGGGGCUCAGACAGCACCACUGCAGGAAGUGCGGUAAAGCUGUGUGUGGGAAAUGUAGUUCUAAACGCUCCACAUUCCCAAUCAUGGGCUUCGAAUUCCCCGUGAGGGUGUGUGAUGCCUGCUUUGACACCAUCAAAGAAGAGGAUCGAACACCAUUGGCUACGUUCCAUGAGGGGAAACACAACAUUGCCCACAUGGACAUGGACCCGUCCAGAGGCCUGAUGGUCACCUGUGGAAGCGACCGCAUUGUUAAGAUUUGGGAUAUGACGCAGGUGGUUGGCUGUAGCUUAGCAACAGGCUUCUCUCCACGCUGACUGGCCCAGACCCACUACAUGGUCCUCCUCUUCACCCCUUCUCUGCUCUCUGCUCCGCCCACUUUUCCAGUGUCAUGGAAACCCCUCUGUACAGUAUAUCUCCCCAGUAUGGUGGGGAGAAUCAGCUACAACCAGGCCUGCGCUCGGUGAAUGUGUGAGUGUAUGUUUGUGUGUGUUUCCCCUCCACAUUCCCUUAGCUUGUCAUAAAUAUGUUUUCUUUAAAUUCUCUGUCAGUCCCUCCUUAGAGCGUGUGAGGCUGCUCUUGCUUCAGUUUGAAAAAGAACCCUAAGCACAAAGGUGUGCGUGUGUGCAUGUAAUGUGACGAUUCCUCCUGUUGGAGGACAGCUAUUGAUAUUAGUGUUUACAUUAUAAUAAUAUUUCCAAUGCUUUUUCUGACAGAGGUCAUUUUUUAUUACCCUUGCACUGUAAAGUUGACUAAACUGACUUGCCAUUCCUGUAAAAACUGACACUAACCUGCUUCUAAUUGUGGCCCAGUAUCUGCAUAUUACUCGACAGACCAUAUUCUAAUGGCAGCCAUGGUCCUGUGACUUCAAGCUCAGGGUGGGAAAGUCAAAUUUGGUUAUUCUGCUAUUCUGUUGUAUUGCAAUCCAUUUGCCAUGAAAAAGAAAGCUGAUAUUUGGACCGUUUUUGUUAUUUUUGAAGUAAAAGCGACAAAGAUGGUGGAUACUGAAAAUUUAGAGAAAACAGGCAGUAUUCCAUGAUAAACUAGAGCUACUGCUUUGCAGCUAAGUGCUUCUGUGAGGUAAACAAUGAAGAAGAACUGGGGUGAUUUUUGUGGUGGUCUGAUUCUUAGUAAGUAGUAAACUUUAUAUUACAGAGUUAAAAUGAAGUGCAUAGAGGUCAGACUGAUGCAUAUAAUAACAAACAAGGGAUAAACAUGAAACCCAAAGGCCUUUUUUUCACUUUUCACAUAAAAAAUGUGUUCAUUUUAUCUUUAAGUCAGAUUGGAUAAUUGUACAAAGUUAGAAGAAAUUCUGUCAAAGCAUUCUUGAGAUAUUGCAUUAACAAGCAGGGAAAGGACAUGAUGCCCGGUGACCUUAACUUUUGAACUAGUACCCCCAAAUUCUCAUCAGUUCAACCUUGAGUCAGAGUGGACUAGUUUUACAAAGUUUGAAAACAAAAUCACCCAUUUUUUUUCUGAGAGAAAGUGUUCACAAACAAGGAAUGACCUUGGCAAAAAGAUCUUACCUUUUAUAAUGAUAAAAAUAAUGAUAACAUUCAUAACUUUUGAUCUAGGAACUCACAAAUCUAAUCAGUUCAUCCUUGAAUGGGAGUGGACAUUUGUGCAAAUUUUUAAGAACAUCUCUCAAAGCAUUCAUGAGAAUUUUUUUGAAGAUCUGUUACUAUGUUACAUGGAAGCCAGUGUUAGCAUUUAGCCACUACUUGUACAUCAGUAUCCAUUGUCUCUGUCACUCUUUUCAAACACGUAACAAAAAAUGAUAGAAACUCAACGUUACGUGAGAACAGACCUGUAACAUAGCAAUACAACAUGAUAACAAUGUUAGAGUUUCACUCCUCGAGUGUGGAGUCACAGGAAAGAGGAUACUGUGGGGAUUUGGUCCUUUAAUGUAACAUCUAUAAAAACCCUGAUCAUAUGUAUAUAAACCCUUGAAUCAUAUGUAUUGUAGAUAGUUGCUUGAAUUAACUCUCACUGAUCAAAAUGAUCAGCUUUUUUCCUCUUUUUUAGUUUUGUUUUCUUUCACUAGUUGGCCUUAAAUCACUCUCAGGAGCUUUUACAUCAUCAGUCACCAGGUGGGGGUUAUUAUAUAAUGUCAGUAGUAACCUUCAUUAGUUUGUGUUAUCCUUGAAUUUUGCAUAUAGAAAAAAAAGCUUCUUGGAAAUGUUGUGGACUGAAUUGAGAUGCUUUAGCAGAUCUUGGUUAGAUGUAUUCUAUGUUUGGACAACAGCUCUGAUCCAGGGAAUUUGAAAAUGGGUGCUGAAGUAACCUGAACUAACUAGGCAUCAUCAAACAUCCUGUCCCGGCAGCAUACGUGCUGAGGUGUACCUGAGGUUGUUAUGUGACCAGAACUUUAAACUGAGAUGUGGUUAUGGUAAAAAACAGACUGAAUGGAUACCUGUUAGGAUACCACAGCAACAAAAUAGAACAAGUCCAAGCACCAAGUUGUGGAUAAUUUCUUGAUUCUCAUUGCCAAAAAAUGCAGCCAAACUCCAGCACACUGUGUAAAUGAUAGGGGCUGUCCCCGACUGAAGAUUUGCAUAGUCCAAUCUGAUGGUCAGGUCUUGUUUUUGUGCUCAUUGAUCCAUAUUCUGAUUUACAACAUAAGAAAUAAACCACAUAAUUAAACCAUUUGUCUUCUAGACUUCAAAGUACAUCUGUCAUUUGGUGGGACUUGAUCUAUUCUUUUUCUCACUCAUAAAGUCAGCUUUAUGGUGGGCUGAUAACAAAAUUACACACUCACAUUUAUGACACAAAAAGCUCAAAGCUUAAUGAUCUCUGUAAGCCUGUUUUAAAUGUAAGGUCAUAUUUCAGACAGAGUGUGUAGUGGCUGAAUGAUGGCUUGAUUUUCCUUUCAGCCUGCACGUAUGGCCCCCUUAAAAACUCUGAUUAUGUCAGAAGAAACUAUGUGAUACGGCUGUGAAAACUGACAUUCUGAUGCCUAUUGUAUAGCUUUUACUCUGAAUGCAUCUGAAUAUUAAAGAUGGCAUAUUUUGUGGUGUGAAAUUGGAUUUUUCCCAGCCUAAAGGCACUUACCAGACAGUUACUCAAAGGUAAAUGUAGCACUAAAAGUUGGCUGCCUGUGUUCCUUCAAAGGCCUUAAACACAGAAGGACACACACAUUGAGCCUUUAUAGUGUUUUUUUUUUUCCCAGCGCGUAUGACUGUUCCCUCAUGCUCAUUCACUUGCUGCACUCACCUCUUUAUGAAGCUCUGGAUGUCUCAUUCCCUCUCAUUGUUUUUCUUUUCCAUUCAGCUCUCCCUCUGCCCCCACACAUCUGUACAUCAAGGAUGUCUCAUAACGCUCUCAUCAACAAUGCACUGAAUUGCACAACUCUUUGUCUUUGACUCUGAAUUAAGGAACAUUUUUGUAAGUUCAUAUUUGGGAGGAAUAAUUUCUUGUUUCAAUGUAGCGUCCUUGUAAAUAGCCGCUAGUAUCUUGUAUUGUUAGACUAACGCUUGCCUUACUGUAAGUGGGAAAAUGAGCAUUAUAAUGUCGAUUUCAAAAUGUAGUCACAUUCCAGGUUUUUGAUCAUGUAGUGUAUAUUUAUAUUUGUAGUAAAGUAUUUAUCUGUUAUCAUUGUA